AUUUUGCAGCAGAUGGCCACUGAACGGUACUUUGAAGAUGCUAAUAACCCUUUAAGCGAAGGAGAAAAAGAUCCCUCGGAGAAAUGGGAGAAUUUGACGAAUUCAGUCAUGGAUUCGGACGUCAAUCCCUACUCCGGUUUCGACUGCAACAUCUGUCUGGACUCGGUGCAGGAUCCGGUGGUUACUCUAUGUGGUCACCUGUAUUGUUGGCCCUGCAUUUACAAAUGGCUUCAUUUGCAGACCAUCUCCACUGAAAACCAAGACCAGAGGCAGCAGCAGUGUCCUGUUUGCAAAGCUGAAGUUUCACAUACCACACUGAUUCCGCUUUACGGAAGGGGCCUAACAACUAACGCAUCAACAGGCAACACUCCGAGGAGACCUCUCGGUCCGACUUGUGGCGUCGACACGAUAAGGUUACCUAAUACGACCGAUGGUCUACAGUUUCCGCAGUCAUUACAUCACCAUGGUUAUUCAUCUCAACCACAAAUCUACUACACUCAACAGGGAGGUUACCCCGAUUCAUCGAUGCAACCCGGUGGCACGACGAUAAGCGUACCGGAUCCGGUGACUCGAAUGUUGGGUGAGAUGGUAUACACAAGGGUAUUCGGGAACUCCAUGACGGAUUUAUACACAUAUCCGAAUUCAUACAACCUGGCGGGGAGCACCAGUCGUAGGAUCAGAAGGCAAUUGAUGCAAGCCGAUAAGUCGCUAAGCAGAAUCAGUUUUUUCCUCUGCUGCUGCAUAUUCUUCUGUCUUCUUAUGUUCUAAUUUUUAGUACUUCUCUGCUUGAAAAAUUAUACAUGUACAGGAGACCAAAAGUAUACAAAAUACAGCCGGUUGUUGUAAUAAUACAGUAUGAGAUGUUGUCAUCUCCUUUGCCGCUUAUAGCAUUUAUGCAAGUGUA